GGCUAUGCCAAUUCGGUAAUUGGCAGCAUCAUUGCCAAUGAGGGCUUCAUUCAGUACUUUGCAACCGUAGAGGACCCAGACACUGGAAAGCCUGCUCUCAACGCUCAACACAUCUCCCUCUGGUCUGCCUGUUACUUUAAAAUACUUCGAACACCCACUAUCGCCCCUGUCACUGCUGAUAAGUUUGGACGCAAGUUUAACAUGUGGGGAGUCACCUUUUUUCUCACCACAUCUGUCGUUAUUCAAGUUGUUGCUCCCAACUGGUGGGUUCUUCUGAUUGCCCGACUUGUAGCCGGCUGCGCAGGAGGCAUGUUGUCUACAAGUUGCAUGGUUUACAUGUCAGAAGUUGCCAUGCCCCAGUUUCGCGGUGCUUUACUGGGCAGCUUCUCUCUUUCAUUUGCACUUGGUCAGGUCUUUUUGGCUGUGGCUCUCAAGGUUCUUGAGGAGACUGAUCACCUGGCUUUCCGUCACAUCUUUUACUCCGAGUUUGUCUUUACCGGGCUAUGGCUAUUCCCUAUGCUCUACCUUCCCGAGUCUCCUGCGUGGUAUGCUUCUAAGGGUAGGGAUGAGGAGGGCAAGAAGGCCCUUCGAAAGCUUAUAGGAAACGUCGAAGGGUACGACUUUGAUCACGAAUACUCUGUCUUUAGAUAUGAGUUUGUGGAGUCGUUAUCCAUGGCAAAGCACGGCGAUGAGAACUCUGACUGGAAAGCUCUCUUUACCAGCAAGACUAACUUGAAGCGUGCCGUCAUCUCUACACUUCCUUUCACCUUUCAGAACAUUGUUGGUGUCCCCCUCAUGUUUGGAUAUACCACCUACUUCUUCCAGCUGGCUGGUGUUGACGAUCCCUUCCUUGGAAACAUUGUUAAGCAAAUGGUUCUUGUUGUGGGUAUCUUGAUCUCUUUCUAUACCGUCGACAAGGUCGGAAGAAGGACUUUGGUCAUUUCAGGCGGCGCUGCUAUGGCAGCCAUCUGCUUUGUCGUUGGCGGACUGGGCUUCAUGAAGCAGACCAGUGCAUCUGGUAUGGCUCUCGUUGCUCUCUGUUCUCUUUGGGCGUUUGUGUAUGCAAACUCGCUCGCUCCAAUCGGCUGGAUCAGUCUAGUUGAGAUUUCCAGUCCCAGUCUGCGAGCCAAGACGACCUCCAUUGCCGUUACUAUUCAGUACAUGACAGGCAUUCUCUUUAACUAUACUGUUCCCCUGAUGCUGUCAAACCAAGGAGCUGGUUGGGGUCAGAAGAUCGGUUUGUUCUUUGGUGGCAUCACCCUGGUCUACCUCAUUCCAUGUGUUUUGAUGUUCCCCGAAACCAAGGGACGAACUUAUCACGAGUUGGAUGAGCUCUUUGAGCAACGUGUCCCGGCUUGGAGGUUUGCUUCCACCAAAACCUCGCACCAAUUGGAGCUUGAGGCCAAGGCGACAGAGACUGAGAAGUCUUGA